CGUGUCAUAAAUCAGCUCAGGUGGGUGUCCCGGGCGUGACGUCAGCGCUGGGUAAACAAACGCGCUCCCGCGAGCGCUCCGGUAAGGUUAAGUUCAGUUAAAGUUAAACUUUCAGCUCGCGAGGAAAAUGUCCGUGAGCUUCCUGCUGGACGCGGCCAUGUACGGCAACCCCGCGAGACACCUGAAUCUUGGCCAGCCGCACCUGAACGUGUACCCGCCCGCGCCGUACGCAGACUACAGCGGGUACCCCGCGGCUCCGGCGCUUGGGGGUGACCUGUACCACACCGCCGGCGCAUGGAGUCCCGGCUUUGGCCCCGGCUCGCGCGACGACUGGCCGCAGCUCUACGGCCACGGGACGGGUCACCCGCUCCCGGUGAACAGCGCGGAGGUCAGCGGCACUCUGUCGGUGGAGCAGGAGGUGCUGAGCGGCGCUGCGAGCGCGCCGGUGGAGAGAGAGGAGCCGCCGGACUGGAUGAGACGCGCCGCGCCUCCCGCGAACCCGGGAGGAAAGACCCGGACGAAGGACAAAUACAGAGUUGUGUACAGUGAUGUCCAGCGCUUGGAGCUAGAGAAGGAAUUUCAUUUCAGCCGCUACAUCACCAUCAGACGGAAGGCGGAGCUUGCGGUGGCCCUGAGCCUAUCAGAACGCCAGGUGAAGAUCUGGUUUCAAAACAGAAGAGCCAAAGAAAGGAAAAUGAACAAGAAGCGACUCCAGCAGACUCAGCAGAGCUCCACGUCCACAGCGGUCAGCGCAUCUGGCCACGCACACACUGCCAUGGUCAGCAGCACCAAUAACGGCUUGAUGACAGACAAUAUAUCCACCAGCAUCAAAGAGGAAUACUGACAACUCUUCCAAACAGAAGGAUAAACAGUACAUGUUUACACGGUUUCAGUGACGCUCAGCCGAGCGUGCAUAUUGCACUACACGAAUGACACGCAAACAUGUUUUAUUGUGAAUAACGUGCACAGUAUUUCAAUUUUUGUAAACAAUGAUGAUCUCAGAGUAUGUUGCAUAAUGCUUUCUUAAUUUCUAUACUGCUUUUGAUAUGACCUCACUGAACUACUGAACUACUGAUGAUGAUUUGAUGACUUUAUUUGUAUCACUACUGCUUUGCUUUACUAUGUAAAAUAUUUUACACCUACUGGAUGAUGGAAAAAAUGACUUCUUUUGUUAAAAAUAGAGUGAACUGGUGCCUCUGUGUAAUCCUUCAUUAGUAAAAAAUAAAAAAGAGCAUAAU